UCACCGGUAGCUUGGGAUCCUUGAUUGGUCCCUUAUCGAUUACUAUAGUUACCAGCUGCAUCCACAGCAUAGCGGCGUGUGCCACCACUGGUCCACCAUCAGCCCUCAACCUACAAUCCAACUACUCGCAUUCUCACCUCCAGAACCGUCUCUACUCCAUCACGAAACACACGGAAGAAACCUAAAACCCAUGGCACCAGGCGUCGUCGUCGUCGCGAGCCCGGAACCGGCGGUGGCGAAGGAGGGGUUCUCGGCCCUGGCAUCGGUCGUGGCCGAUUGGGACGACACCUUACGCUUCUACCUCAACGGAACAAAGGUCGAGAUCGAUACCAUCGACCCGGAGGUCACGCUGCUCGAGUACCUGCGAGGUAUCGGAUUGACGGGGACGAAAUUGGGGUGCGCGGAGGGCGGCUGCGGUGCUUGUACUGUGGUCGUUUCGCAAUACAACCCCACGACGAAGAAGAUAUACCACGCCUCGGUCAAUGCGUGUUUGGCGCCGCUGGUCAGUGUCGACGGAAAGCAUGUCAUCACCGUGGAGGGAAUCGGCAACACGGCCAAGCCGCAUCCCGUGCAGGAGCGGAUCGCAAAGAUGCACGGAUCCCAAUGUGGCUUCUGUACGCCGGGAAUAGUAAUGAGUCUAUAUGCCCUCGUGCGGAAUAACCCCGAACCUACCGAAACCGAUGUCGAAGAGGCGUUUGAUGGAAACCUGUGCAGGUGUACGGGCUACAGACCUAUACUUGACGCAGCGCAGACAUUCAGCACCUCCUCCAGCACCCCCAAGAAGGCAUGCGGCCCUUCGGACGGAGGAUGCUGCAUGCAGGGCAAAGACGGGGAGCCGCCAGCGGGCUGCUGCAAGAAUAAAAUCGCAGAGGCGCCCAUCACGAAGAAGUUCACACCGCCGGGAUUCAUCGAGUACAAUCCCGAGACCGAGUUGAUAUUCCCCUCGGCGCUGCGAAAACACGAGUUCAAGCCGCUGGCUUUCGGAAAUAAGAGGAAGAAGUGGCUGAGGCCCAUGACGCUAGAGCAGCUGCUGCAGCUCAAGGCGGCGCUGCCGUCGGCAAAGAUCAUUGGCGGUUCCUCGGAGACCCAAAUCGAGAUCAAGUUCAAGCAUAUACAGUACACGGUGUCGGUGUAUGUCGGCGAUAUUCCAGAAUUGAAGGGGUUCUCAUUCGAGGAUGAGUAUCUAUCGAUUGGCGGGAACAUCACCCUCACCGAUCUCGAGGCUGUUGCAAGACAGGCGAUCGAGAAAUAUGGAGCGGCGAAGGGACAACCUUUCAAAGCUAUUCUCAAGCAGCUUGAGUAUUUUGCUGGACGGCAGAUCAGGAACGUGGGCACGCCCGCAGGAAACCUUGCUACCGCGUCUCCCAUCUCCGAUCUCAAUCCGGUUUUCCUGGCCACGAACAGCACCAUCAUCACGAAAAGCCUCGAGAAGGAAACCAUGAUUUCCAUGGGCGAGUUUUUCAAGGGAUACAGGAUGACUGCCCUCCCGAUAGAUGCUGUUAUUGCGGAGAUUAGAAUACCUGUAGCCAAGGAGAAAGGCGAAUACCUGCGUGCAUACAAACAAUCAAAGCGGAAGGACGACGACAUCGCCAUUGUCACCGCCGCCUUACGGGUAUCGCUCGACGAUGCAGGGCUGGUGGAGUCCGUGAACUUCGCAUACGGAGGUAUGGCACCGACAACCGUCCAGGCCAAAAAGACAAUGGAGUUCCUGGUGGGCAAAGAAUGGGGCAGCUUAGAGGUCCUCGAGGGCGCUAUGAAUGCCUUGGAACAAGACUUCCCCUUGAGCUACGGAGUCCCGGGUGGAAUGGCUGUCUACAGGAAAUCACUCGCUUUUGGAUUCUUCUACCGAUUCUGGCACGACACGGUUGCAGAUGUCAAGGGCACCAGCUCCGAGGCGGAUGAUCUUGUGUCCGAGAUCUCGAGAGGCAUCUCUUCCGGCAAGCGGGAUCACGACACUGCUCAGGCCUAUAAAAAGCGUGUCAUCGGACAGUCAAAGGAGCAUGUUGCCGCCAUGAAACAGGUGACCGGUGAAGCGCAGUACACCGAUGACCUUCCCCGGGCCGUGAACGAGCUCUACGGCGCUCUCGUGCUGAGUACCAGGGCCCACGCAAAACUCCUCAGCGUCGACAGUACCCCUGCCCUGGAGCUUCCUGGCGUUGUGUCUUACGUGGAUCACACCGACCUGCCAUCGCCGGAGGCGAAUUGGUGGGGUGCGCCAAUGUGCGACGAGGUUUUCUUCGCGAUCGAUGAGGUCUUUACCGCGGGCCAGCCCAUCGGGAUGAUCCUCGGCGAGACGCAGGAAGCAGCUGCCGCUGGUGCUCGUGCGGUAAGAAUCGAAUACGAAGAGCUCCCGGCAAUUUUCACCAUCGAGGAGGCAAUCGAGCAGGAGAGUUUCUUCCAGCACUACCGGUACAUCCGGCGUGGUGAUCCGAUCGAGGAGGCUAUGGCCAAGGCGGAUCACGUCUUCAGUGGAGUGGCGAGGAUGGGCGGACAGGAACAUUUCUACCUAGAGACUCAAGCCGUCGCUGUCAUCCCCAAGCCCGAGGGCGGUGAAAUUGAAGUGUGGAGCAGCACGCAGAAUCCGACCGAGACACAGACGUACGUUGCGCAGGUCUGCGGUGUUCCGGCCAACAGGGUCGUCGCCAAGGUGAAGCGUCUGGGAGGUGGUUUCGGAGGAAAGGAGACCAGGUCAAUUCAGCUUGCCGGUAUCACUGCCCUUGCUGCAAAGAAGGUCAAACGUCCCGUCCGAUGUAUGCUCAACCGAGACGACGAUAUCGCCACAUCCGGUAUGCGGCAUCCAUUCUUGGGCCACUGGAAGGUCGGAGUCAUGAACAGUGGAAAGAUCGUUGCCCUGGAUGCAGAGGUUUUCUGUAAUGCGGGGUGGACGCAAGAUCUCUCCGCCGCUGUCUCGGAUCGUGCCUUGUCGCAUAUCGACAAUUGCUAUAAUAUCCCCAAUGUCGACGUGCGAGGACGGCCGUGCAAGACCAAUACGGUAUCGAAUACAGCAUUCCGCGGAUUCGGUGGGCCUCAGGGAAUGUUUAUCGCCGAGUCGUACAUGGAAGAAGUGGCAGAUCGAUUGGAUAUUCCCGUUGACAAGCUGAGGGAAAUAAACUAUUACCAUGAGGGCGAUCUGACGCAUUUCAACCAAAAGCUGGUGGACUACCACGUUCCUCUGAUGGUUAACCAGAUCAAAGAAGAGGCCGACUUUGAUGCUCGUCGACAAGCCGUCGACGAGUUCAACAAGACCCACAAGUGGAAGAAGAGGGGCUUGUCCUUGAUUCCCACCAAGUUUGGAAUCAGUUUUACUGCUCUCUUCCUCAACCAGGCCGGUGCUUUGGUGCAUAUCUAUCACGAUGGCUCGGUGCUCGUGGCGCACGGCGGUACUGAGAUGGGUCAAGGGUUGCACACCAAGAUGACUAUGGUGGCCGCGGAAACCCUCGGUAUCUCUAUGGACGAUGUCUUCAUCUCGGAGACGGCAACAAACACCGUCGCCAACACAUCCUCCACCGCCGCUUCGGCCUCGAGUGAUCUCAACGGCUACGCCAUCCACAACGCCUGCGUCCAACUCAACGAGCGCCUCCAGCCCUACCGCGAAAAGCUCGGCCCGGACGCCACCAUGAAGGACCUCGCCAAAGCCGCCUACUUUGACCGUGUGAACCUCAGUGCCAACGGCUUCUACAAGACACCGGACAUCGGCUACACGUGGGGUCCCAACGUCGGGCUGAUGUACUUCUACUUCACGCAAGGCGCGGCGAUCGCCGAAGUCGAAAUCGACACCCUAACCGGCGACUGGACGUGCUUGCGCGCCGACAUCAAGAUGGACAUCGGCCGCAGCAUCAACCCGGCCAUCGACUACGGCCAGAUCGAGGGCGCAUUCAUCCAGGGGCAGGGCCUGUUCACCACCGAGGAGAUGCUGUGGCUGCGGAACACCGGCAACAUCGCCACCAAGGGGCCCGGCACAUACAAGAUCCCCGGCUUCAGAGACAUCCCGCAGGUGUUCAACGUCAGCUUCCUCAAGGACGUCGAGUGGAAAAACCUGCAGACCAUCCAGCGCAGUAAGGGCGUCGGCGAGCCGCCGCUGUUCAUGGCCAGCGCCGUGUUCUUUGCCAUCAGGGACGCGCUGAAGGCGGCGAGAAGGGAGCAUGGCUGCCACGAGCUGCUGUCACUCGUUUCCCCCGCCACCCCGGAGAGGAUCCGUCUGUCGUGCGCUGACGAUAUCGUCAAAAGGAGCUAUGUCAAGCCGGAGGAGGGCGAGAAGGGAUGGUUCAUGCAGAUCUGAGCGUGUGUUGUGUGUGUUGUGUUGUCUGGUUUUGUUGGGUACAUACCAGGUACCUAUCCUAUUGGGAGUUCUUGGAUUUUGUUGUCUCGCUCGUUCGCUGCUACUGCUGCUGCUGGUGGGCUGUGGGGUUUGUCAUCGUUAUGUACUUGUGUAGGUAGUAUGGUGUUUGCUAGAUAUAUCAAUUGCUGUUUGUUUGUUUGACAUCGCUGGUGACAGGUACUUAGGUGCUUAAUUAUACGUGUG